GCAACCCGUGGCCUCCGCACGGCCCAGCUUCCAUCCUGGUAUUUGCCUUCAUCCUGGUAACUCCGAAGUCCCCGGACCAAAAACAGGAAGUGCAUCAUGAGCACAGGCGCCGAGGAGGAGGAGGCUGUGACGCUAGAGACCGUCAACUCAGUCACACUCACUCAGGACAGUGACGGCAGCAUCAUACUACACUGCCCUCCUAAUGAUGAGGACUCAGAACCUCUCCAGAAGAAGCUGCGUCUCACUACAGAAGGACAAGAAGACCCAGAUGCACCGCCACAGUUCUCAGUGGUUACCUUACCAAUGUCGGAGAGCGAGGAGAGCUUCGAGGUGACGAUGACCGCCACGGCAGACAGCGAGCUCUCCGAGGAGGGAGUCGCCCAGAUUCAGAUCUUACAGGAGGAUGAGGACUCUCUGUCUUCACAUCAGAAGACAGAGGAGGUUUCUCCUGUCAGCCAGGCCUGGUUCACCACCAAAGAAGACAAGGACACACUGGCUAACAAAGGUCAUAAGUGGAAGCAGGGCAUGUGGUCCAAGGAGGAGAUAGACAUUCUCAUGAACAACAUUGAGCGCUAUGUGAAGGGCCGCGGCAUGGAGGACCCAGCAGAGAUCAUAUUCGAGAUGUCCAAAGAGGAGAGGAAGGAUUUCUACCGCAGCGUCGCCUGGGGUCUAAACAGGCCGCUGUUUGCCGUGUACAGACGGGUGCUGCGCAUGUACGACAACCGCAACCACGUGGGGAAGUACACUCCUGAAGAGAUUGAGAAACUAAAAGCGCUGAGGCAGAAGCACGGGAACGACUGGGCAACGAUAGGAGCAGCUCUGGGCCGCAGCGCCUCCUCUGUCAAGGACCGCUGCCGACUCAUGAAGGACACAUGCAACACAGGUAAAUGGAGCGAAGAAGAGGAGAGACGCCUCGCCGAGGUGGUGUACGAGAUGGCGGGCGUGUCGCCGGGCGUGGCCGUCACCGGGGGCGUCUCGUGGGCGUCGGUUGCCGACCAGGUCCGCACGCGCUCAGAGAAACAGUGUCGCUCCAAAUGGCUCAACUACCUGAACUGGAAACACAGCGGAGGAACAGAGUGGACGAAGGAAGACGACCUGAACCUAAUCCGCAGGAUAUCAGAGCUGGAGGUGGAGGAUGAGAAUGACAUAAAGUGGGAGGAGCUUGCAGGUGGGUGGAGCAGCGUUCGAUCCCCCCAGUGGCUGCGAUCCAAGUGGUGGAGCAUCAAGAGACAAGUAGCCAAUCACAAGGAGAUCCCCUUCAGCGUCUUGCUGAAAGGUCUCCAGGAGCUGAUGGAGUCCUCUCAGACAGCAGCGGGAUCAGGAAGUCCCUCCUCGUCCUCUCUCCAGAUCAGGGUCACGCGCCUGGAGGAGAGUGGCAGUAGCCCCGCCCCCAGCUCGGUUGCGGCGCUGCAGAUUCCUGUCCAGAUCCCACUGCAGAUCACACAUCUGGCCUCAGACUCCUCUGCUGCAGCCAGUGAAAGUGAGACCAUCACACUGAACACAGGAGCCCUGCAGACUUUCGAGAUCUUACCUUCCUUCCACCUGCAGCCCACCGGCACCCCUGGGACCUACUACCUCCAGACCACAUCCAAUCAGGGCCUGCCGCUCAGCCUCUCCACCAGUCAGGGCCUUCCCCUCAGCUUGGCCAAUAACAGCACGGUUACCUUGACGACAAGCUCCUCGCCCUCCUCUCCUGAACACAUCAUCCUGCACAGCCUGUCGACGGACGGCCUCUGCUCCAGCGACGGCGUCAUCAUCCAAACCGUCACCUCUGACCCCGCCUCCUCGGAUCCUCUCAGCCAAUCGCAGCUCGUUGUGGAGACGCAGGGGCCGGACCAGGAAGACAGGCUAGACGCCACGAGUCUCCUGGUUGGUUCGGAGAACGUUGCCACGGAAACACAGGAACCAAUGGCAGAUGGCUUCACUGAUAAGUCUCUGAGCUCCCCCUCAGUGGAGGCACCGGUGGUGGAUGCUGAGAUAGCGACUGGCAGUGCUGUGCUGAUCGUCUCUCCUCCCAACAUCAGCAGCACACUAACAGAUCCGAUCCUGGAGAACCAGGACGGCUCAGACUGAACUGGACCCUCAUUUGUCAACCUGAUCUCACACACACACACAUACACACCCAAAAGCAGCUACAGCAACUCUUGUCAUCCCGUCUGACUUUUCCGUGUGGAGAUCCUGUGGGAGCCGAGGCCUCCCUCCCUCCCGUCAGCACGGCUCCUCCAGGCUCUCCUUCCAGACCCUGAUAAACACUUUUUCUGAACUUUACAAAAACCCGGAACUCUGGACCCUGGUCCCAGAUGAACCAGAGUUCUUUGGCUAGUUUGGAAUCGUCCUGAAGGUUAUGUGUUGUGUUGCCUGCUUUCUACUAAGCCCCUGGAUGAAAUGUGAAGGACUCUCGGCACGAGCACGGCCGACGCUAAUUUAUUAGACGUAGCUUGGCUAACACCGCACCUUCCUCCCACUCCUGCAGCCUGAGAGACUCUGGAGGCUGUGAUGGAGCCGCACCAUGCUGAGGCACAUAUACUGGUGUCAUGCCUCAAAAGCCCAUAUUAGUCACAUUGGUCCAACACACUUCCUAUAAGCUCACUGUCCUAUCUGCAUUCUUUUUCUUGCUCCUUGCUCCUUGAUGAUGAUGUUGCACAUAUGAAUUACAGGCAAAUCAAGAAUCCUUUGCCGCCUCUCGCGUUACAUUGCGUUGAUGAGACCUAAGUUGCCAGCAGCACUACCUGUGUCUUAGUGUGGGAACAGAACCCAGAAAGUUGAACAAAGUAACCGGGCAGCUCAGCGUUGACCUGGGAAGCUUCCAGAGGCUUUGGUGCACUUCAUGGAAUAAAUCUGCUCCUCCAGGGAAAUGAGGAAGUGAGGAAAUGUGUGCAAAGUUCAGCCGCAGCAACAAGCUUGUUGACAUCCUCAUAGGGGAAAAAAACAUUGCUAUUAAUUUUACUAAUAUUGCAAUGUGAUUGGUAGUUAAUUUUCACAGAAAAAAAUGACUUUGAAAUGAUUUUUGCCCACGUCUGCACUAAACAAUCCAUGCAUUUUGACAUGUGUAAAAUACUAUUUGUAGAGCAGGGUAUUUCUAUUGCACCAUAACACUUGAUUUACUACGCCUUGUUCCAUUUUACCUUCAUUAAAAAACUGCUGCUCCUGCACUUUGGAUAUUGGAUUUGGCCAUAUUGCGAUUUCAAUGAAUUGUCCAGCUGUGCUCAUGAACAGACUUGAAGUGACUUGACGGUGUUGCCGGCAGUGUGAAGGCUCAGUGGCACGUCAGAGGCUGCAUGUCGCUGCUCUGCUGCGUCGUGUCAUUACCUCACCCUGUGUGUCCGCACGCGACACUCGGCAACACAAACUGUAACUCAAGCUGAUUCCUUGUUGCCAAUGAUGUUUCAUCUUCCUGUUCCAUGUUUGUCUUUUGUGGUGAGGAGAAGUGACAGCUAAAGGGGUUUGGUUUGCACAUAAAACACACAAUGACGUAUCAAAAUUACUGUGAUUUCUAAGAUGUUUAAAAAAAAAAAAAAAAAAGAGCCACUCUGGAUUCCACUGGUCCUGAAGUUAGCAUCUUAAGCCCCACACCAAACUCCACUACCUUGUUCAUGUGAGAUAAACUGAAUUUUUGAAGCUGCUCUUGAGAACAUGAACUUUUUUAUUUUUAUACUACCUGGUCUAUUAUCAUUGUUCAUUCAGCGCAGCUCGCCUAGCCAUGGUGCUGUCCCCCACACCUUCCUGCUGCUACACACUGUUCCAGUUAGUCCAGGCACCUUUUUCUUUAAUGCUCCUGAAAGGCCUCAGAGAUCCUUUUAGCCCUUUGAAGCCUGAGCAAAUUCACAAAAAAAGCCAAAAAGCAAAUGAGCAAAAAUGACCGGAAAAUUACCAAGAAAUUAUAAGAAAUACAAUAAAAUGACCAACUGGAAAAUAAGUAUAGUAAAAAAUAAAAUAAGCAGAAAAAAAAACUAAAGAAAACUAUUUGUAAUUAUUGCGAAUAUACAGCAUAUUUACAAUUAAAUUACAAGCAAAUUAUUACAUAAUCACCCCAAAAACAAAAUAAAGCCUGCCCACAGACUCCUGGGUUUUAAGGGUUAAUAUAGUCCCACAAACCUGUUGAUUUAUUUUUAUGUAAAAAAAAAAAAAAAUGUUAUGAUUCCGUCCCUCACUUUAAAAAUGAUGGCUGCACUUUUGACAGUU